AUGGCGACCCUACUGCCUAACGGAAUGGCAAAUGCCUCGGCAGUCAGUAGCCAUACUACAUGGCACGGUGCUGGAGCGGCCGAAUUUGACUUGCGCAGUGACACGAUGACCAAACCAACCCUUCCCAUGCUUGACGCGAUUUGCCAGGCGACCUUGCUGGAUGACGUCUUCAACGAGGACCCAACCACCAAUGCUCUCCAAAGCUACGUCGCAGAGAGGACUAGGCAUGAAGAUGCGCUACUGGUUUUGUCAGGUACUAUGGGGAACCAAGUCGCUAUUCGUUCACACCUAGCUCAGCCUCCAUAUGCUGUAUUAUGUGACCACCGAUCUCACAUUAUCUGCUACGAAGCAGGCGGCGUCAGUUCUUGGACCGGAGCCACCGUGCAGACCGUUGUUCCCAAAAAUGGCAUCCACCUCACUCUUGAGGAUAUUCAGAAGCACGCGGUUCUUGAUGACGAUAUCCACCACUGUCCUACAAGACUCAUUAGCCUGGAGAACACCCUCGACGGGAUGAUCAUGCCCUUGAGCGAGGCUCGCCGUAUUGUGGAAUGGGCUCAUGCUAAUGAUAUCAAGGUACAUUUAGAUGGCGCCCGGUUGUGGCAGGCUGUCGUCUCUGGAGCUGGAGGCCUGGCCGAGUACGCCAGUUUGUUUGACAGUGUUAGCCUCUGCUUUUCCAAAGGCCUCGGUGCUCCGAUCGGUAGCAUCAUUGUUGGCUCCCAAGCUUUUAUUAAGAAGGCUCGGUGGUUCCGAAAGUCGAUCGGCGGUGGUGCCCGGCAAACGGGUGUCUUUGCGGCUGCUGCUCGAGUCGCCCUCGACCAAACCUUUGGUACGGACGAUCACGGCAAGAGCGGCCAGCUGUCUGUAACCCAUGUCAAAGCCAAGCGAAUUGCGGACCUUUGGACGAGUCGCGGAGGCAAGCUGCAGUAUCCCGUGCAGACAAACAUGGUCUGGUUGGACCUGGAGGCGUCCGGGGUGGGGCCGAAUGACCUGGCCACCAUUGGAGAAGAGAAAGGGCUGAAAUUACUUGGGGGCCGGGUGGUAGUUCAUUACCAGGUGUCCGACGAGGCGAUUGCGCGGCUGGAACAAGUAUUUGACAUUGCGAUGAAGGGUGAUUACCAGCGCAGCACAGACACAAGCCAACCGUACGGGAACAGCAAAAAAUAG